AUGCACUUCCAUUACCGAUCCGGGCUCCGGGCCUUUGUUCUCGCCCUCCUUGCUCUUGGCUUGGGCCAGUCGACGCGGCUCCCGAGUGCCGUCCGCCGCCAAAGGUCAACAAGGUUUGGCCUCCUCCGCAAUAGAUCUCGCCGCUGGGCCGGGCGGUCUCACUCCGCGGUGGUAACUAAGUACGCGGAUGGCCUUGACGCCGAUGGCUACCGCCCGAGCAUUGCUCUCAAUGGUGCGGAUAAGCGCGGCACUUACUACGCGGCACAGACCCUUCGCCAGCUUGUCGAUGGCGACGACCGUGUCCCCGGUAUCCAAGUGUGCGACUGGCCGCUCAUGUCCAUCCGUGGCUCCAUUGAGGGGUUUUAUGGCAUUCCCUGGUCGCAUCAGUCGCGCCUCGACCACUACGUGUUCUACGAGAGACAUAAAAUCAACACCUACAUCUACACUACCAAGGAUGACCUUAAACUCCGCCAUGAGUGGCGCGAUCUUUACGAAGGUGACGCCCUUGAGCAGCUCAAGGAGCUCGUAACCACUGCGAAUGUCAAUCAUGUGGACUUCACCUAUGCUCUUUCCCCCUGUGCUUCCAUCUGCUACUCGUCCGAAGAGGACUUUAAUAUUACUGUCACCAAGUUCAACCAGAUCUGUGACCUUCGUGUCCACAGCUUCUACAUUGCCCUUAAUGACAUUCCCCUCCAAUUCCACUGCGAAGAGGAUAAGCAAAAGUGGGAGAACAAGGGUCUCCUCAACCUUGAGACUGUCCCCACCAACUACACUGGCAGCCAGCCUGAUCUGUACAAGGAGAAGUUUGUGAAUGACAGCAAGCAUGACUGCCUCUUUCUCAACCCCCUCACCGGCCGUGCUGCUGAUCUGUACAAGUACCUCCUGGGCUUCACCUUCAACAUGAUGAUUGAGCCCUAUCCCUCCCUACCCACUCUCACCAACUAUGCCAACUACAUGUGGAAUGAACCCGCCUACAACGCCGAUGAAUCAAUGGCCGCAAUUCUGCAGGAACUCUCUGGUGACAACAAACAAGUCCAUGAGGCCCUUGUUGCCUUCUCCGAUCUCAACCAGAACUGGCCCUACUGUACUCCAGAGGUGCACUUGCCCAUGCUCGACAAGGACAUCGGGGCCUUCUGGGCCGGCUGGUCCAACUGUGGCAAGAGCAAUGAUGGCUCCAAGCCGCUCUGCAAGUGCCUGCAGCUCCUCUCCAAGCUGCUCAAGAUCAUGCCACGCAUGGUCAUGAAAGAGUUUGCGACAGACAUGGAACCUUGGAUGAUGGUUGCGAGCCAGUGGGUCAAGGCCUGUGAGCACCUGAUUGACAUGCUCGACGCGCAUGAUAAGGGCGAGGAGAAGAGGGCGGAGUGGGAGUUCAAGGUGGUGCAGGAGUGGAUUGAGAAGAUGAAGUAG